AUGGCACAGAGAGUGAAAUCGGCUGCAGAGCGCGCUCUUAGCAUAGUUGAGAAAUCUUCUAGAGUACGGAUACAAGAUCUGCGUGACAACGUGGGCGCUAGAACGUCUGGACGGCAAGUGAACAAAAGAGCUAAUCAGGCAGGUCAUACCCGUGGUGCUUUGCAACACGCUGCAAAACCACCCCUCGGGUGGAUUUGGGGGGAUUUUUUCCAUCCAUGGCACAGACGAUUUCCUGGUGAGGAACACUUCAACGCUGACGUAAACGUCAGAAGAGAAUACAUCCCACUGUCCUUGAUAGAACUAUCUCGCCUCAUCGACUUAGGAUGGGUAGAUCCAUCUCGUCCGAUAGACGUGGCAGCUUUAUGUGCGACGCGGAAAUUCAACAUUAAACCGAAACUCCGGCAAUGUGGAUUCGACUUAACGGCCGAGGGUGCUGAUGUGUUCACCUAUAAAGUUGACAUCGAAGUGCAGUAUGCAUCACAGACAGCUAUUUCUGCUGUAGAAAGAGCUGGUGGAAGGAUAAGAGUUGCUUAUUAUGAUCCAGAUUCGUUACAGGCAGCUGUAGAUCCUCGAGCUUGGUUUAAAUCCGGAACUCCUGUGCCGGCACGUAAGGCUCCUCCUCCAUCUCUUUUGGAAUAUUACACUAGUGCAUUUAAUCGCGGGUACUUGGCGGAAGCAGCAGAACUAGUGAAUGCUAGGCAACGACUAGGGCUUGUUAUGGGAUACAAAUUAGCUGAUGAGGAAGUACAACUUGAAGAUAAAGGACCUACACAGGUGUUUUAUGGAAUCCCGCCAGGAGCAGUUGUCUCUCUCGCAGAUAAGAAAGUAUUCGUGCCAACGAAUCCCGUGGUUAAAAAUUACUACCAAAAAAGUUUUGUAGCUGACAAACAAUACCCAUGA